UUCACAGUCGUGUUUACAACGAUCGUGUGAAAACAACUAACAGUUGCAGUCGGAGCUUUAAAACAACAACAACAAAAACAACAACAACACCACAUGUAAUAGGAGCUGCUACCAAUAAAAAGUGUAAUAUCAUGAGCCAAAGUCAACUCAACACAUCUCAACUAAUCUUUGAGGAGAAGCCACUGCAUGUGCCGAGUCUGGAGGAACUGCAGAGUGUUAUACAGGGUGUACUGAAAAAGAACUUUGCAACGGCAUGUGUAAGUGUGGGCGACUGUCCCGAUUUGAAGGCACCUCAAUACGGACUUGUGGAAUCGGGAUUGGGAGGGAAACCAACUUUACUGGAAGUCGGUGGUCCGCCGUAUUUAUUGCCGCUUGUGCAGCGCAACAAGUUGUACAACAUUACGGAGAUUACACGCAAGAUACAGGGUCCUGGUAAGAUAUUUGCUGUAGGUGCCGGAGCUGGACCCUAUCCCAUUCGCAGCUCCAACUGUGAAGGCAUCUAUAACUUGUCGGUCAGUGCAAAGGAUGAGUUGACCAAUGGCAGUUACACGGCCACGGUGCGAGGGGAGCACGAGGAAUGCGUGCUAGAGCGCAUACCGAGUACGGAACCGCGCUGUGCUCUCCUCCUGAAUCUCUACCUGAGCCGGGGAGAGGCCGGACCCGUGUUAAAGAUCUGCGCCAAGCAGCGCAAAGGUGAACUUAACUUUAUUGAGUGCAUACGCAAGGGACUGGAGGAGCACUAUGGUGACCAGGUGGUCGGCUUGGGUGGCAUUUUUGUGAUCAAAAAGGGUGCCGCCCAUCAGCACGUGAUGCGAGAUUUCAGCAAGACACCCAUUAAUACCGAUGAUGAGGUCAAUGAGUGGCUCAAAUUCUACGAGAUGCCCGCACAACUGAAUGCCCUUGGCACCUUGGUGACCAAAGAGCACGACCUCGAUUUGCGACUCCAGCACUUUCACUCCUUCUCAUUCAGCAACUGGGGAGGUCACUAUCACUAUGACACCACGCCCGAUAUUGUCGAGUACGAGGCCUAUCUGAAUGUGGCGGAGCGUGUGGUCCGUGUGGAUAAACCACUUGACACCCACAAGGUGGGCAGAGACUAAUGUACGUUUUGAUAAGCCCUAACUAUAUAUAAAAACUAAAAAUAGACUCGUGAAAAUUUCAGUUAAAUUUUAGACCCUGUAUUUAAUAUAAACAUAGGUCCUAUAAAGUUUGUCAGAGGCGAUUUGGGCUUAAUAAGCAAUA